GACUCCUUCUAUGUUUUAUUAUUCCUUAAUUUAAUCCAAACUUCUUUUUGCUUUGUGUGUCGCAUCAAUAAAACUAAUAAUCUUAUCACUUUCUUAACAAACGCAUUAUUGUUGUAGGUAAUUGGAUAAGAAUCCAUUUUUUUCAACGAAAAUUCAGCUUAGUGUCAAAUGGGAUCUGAAGUUCCUCCUGCGGCAGUAACAAUCCAUGUGACUGGAUUCAAGAGAUUCCAUGGAGUUGCUGAGAAUCCAACUGAGACAAUUGUUUGUAAUCUAGAACAGUAUCUUAAGAGAAGGGGUUUGCCAAAAGGGUUCAUACUUGGGAGUUGCAAUGUUCUUGAAACUGCCGGUGAAGGCGCAGUUGCUCCGCUCUAUUUAACAUUAAAAUCAGCUGUUAAAAGCUUAGAUUCGGAAUCGCCGAACUUAGGGCAGACUAUAUGGCUUCAUUUUGGUGUCAACAGCGGUAUGACAAAGUUUGCUAUUGAGAACCAAGCAGUUAAUGAAGCUACGUUUCGCUGUCCUGAUGAAAUGGGAUGGAAACCUCAAAAUGUGGCCAUUGUUCCUACAGAUGGAGACACUUCAAAAACACGAGAGACUGCUCUUCCUGUUGACGAGAUUAUUGCAGCGUUAACAAAGAUGGGUUAUGGUGUCACCAAGUCCAAUGAUGCAGGACGUUUUGUGUGCAAUUACGUCUAUUAUCAUUCUCUUCGGUUUGCAGAGGAAAACAAGAUUAAGUCUCUCUUUGUGCACGUUCCUCUGUUCAUGACUAUAGAUGAAGAAACUCAAAUGCAGUUUGCUGUUUCGUUAUUGGAGGUACUCGCAUCUUUAUGCUAGAAUUCUUGCAAAAGAGAGCAUGUAACCAAGUCUGAGACACACCAUUGGGUUUGGGUGGUAUUUACAAGCAUUGCUAUGUGGGAGUACAUACCAGUCAGACAUGGGUGGUCGUUACAUUGUAUGAAUAUUAUGUAUUGAAUAAACGAUUACAGUUACAUAUGGUAUGUUCUGUUUUAGUUGUCGGUUUCACAGCUAAUUGAAUUUCAUUAAGUGC